AUGGACUGUUUUUUAACAUACAAUUUAUCUUGUAUAAACGGAAACGAUCAAACAACAAGAAAUAUUUUAACAAUACAACAAGAUACAAAUGUUCUUGUAUCAAUUCAACAUUGUAUAUUGACCACAAUCAUUCUCGGAGGAAUUAUAUUAGCAACAAUAACAGGAAAUAUAUUUGUUAUUGCUGCUGUAUUUUUAGAGAAAAGUUUACAUUCAGUGGCAUAUUAUUUAAUUGUGUCAUUAGCAGCAGCAGAUUUAAUGGUUGCCUCAAUGGUAAUGCCAAUAGCAUUGUUAAAAGAAAUUACUCGCUCUUGGAUAUUAGGCUCAUUUAUAUGCGAUGCAUGGAUAUUUAUCGAUUUAUUAUGUUGUACAGCAUCUAUAUUGCAUUUAGUUGCUAUUGCAUUAGACAGAUAUUGGGCUAUUACCAAUAUCGAUUAUGGAACAAAGCGAACACCUACGCGAAUUAUAAUAUCAAUAACAAUUAUAUGGUGUACAUCGAUUUUGAUAUCGAGUGCACAUUUAUUUCCUAUAUUUCGAGAUAAAAAAGGUCGACCAUACGAUCAAUGUCAUCUCAUCGGGACAAUACCUUAUACUAUUUUGUCCACAAUUGGUGCAUUUUAUAUUCCAUUAAUUGUCAUGUGUAUUAUUUAUUGGAAAAUAUUUCAGGCAGCUAAAUUUCGUAUUCGAAAAAAAGCGUUUACCAGUCGUCCAGCCCCACCACUUAUUCAAACAGCAGAUACUGGAAUAAAUAAUAAUAAUAAUCAUCAUCAUCAUCGAAAACUAUCUAUACGAUUUCAUAAGAAACAAACAAAAAAAUCCCUAGAAAAUCAUCAACAUUCGGAUAUUGAAAAUGAACAAGUAUCAACAUAUUCCUCAUCUCAUGAUCAACCGUCAAUCAUAACAACACCCAAUUGUAAUAACAAUGAUAAUAAAGUACAACGUCAUCAACAACACGAUGGUGAUUGUCAAAGAUCAACAUCACCAUCUCCUACUCCACUAGCUAAAGCAUCAUACUAUUUGUUAAAUAGAAAAAAACGAUCAAAACAAAUAAUUACAAAAACAACAGCAUUUUCUCAAUUAAAUAAUCCACAACAAUUUGUAACUACUACGUAUAAUGCUCCUCCUCAUACACCACCUACAACACCAUCAUCACCAUUAUUAAAUAUUCAUAAUCCAAAUGCGAUUCAAAUAUCAACAACAAAUCGUCUACUAAACUACUAUUCUUCUCCAACACUAUCACAAAAACUUUUUAAUACAAUUGAUAAUAAUAAUGAUGAUGAAGAUGAUGAUGAUAUUCAUCAGUUAAAUACGCCAAUACAAUCAGUUUCAUCUACACGUCGUUUAUUAAAAAAAAACAAUAUAUAUGAUAAUCGAAAUAUUUCAUUAUGUGAAAAAGUAUCAUUUAAUGUAGCUGAAACUGAAUUAUUAACCCCCGCUUUUCAUAUUCAUAAUAAUAACGUUUCAGAAUCUUUAACAUCUGUUUUAUCAACAAUAAAUUCAUCGGGAACACCAACAACACAAAUUCAAUUCAAAGAAAUACCUCAAACAAAUUUAUCAGCAUCAGUAGAUAGUCAUAUAAAUGAGACACCAAAAAUAUUAUUAACUCAUCAGACAGAUAAUACUUCUAUAAUACCGUCAAAACCAAAACAUCCAGUACGAAAAAAAAUUGAUAUUAAACGUGAACGUAAAGCAUCAAAAGUUUUAGGCGUUGUUAUGGGCUGUUUUAUUGUAUGUUGGCUACCAUUUUUUAUUGAAGAACUUGCCAUGGGUUUAUUUCAUUUUACAAUUAAUGAAAAAUUUAUUAGUGUACUUACAUGGCUAGGAUAUCUUAAUAGUCUACUAAAUCCGGUUAUUUAUACAAUAUUUAGUCCAGAUUUUAGACAAGCAUUUGCAAAAAUUUUAUUUGGAAAAUAUCGAAAACGUCGAAAUAUUAAAUAA